CCUCUUCCGCCCGCUUUCCAGUUCUCCAAUGCUACGCUUCUAAGUGGGGGCGGGGCCCGCACACAGGAGGAGCGCGCGGCCUCUUUGCGCAGGCGCAGUCGGUGGUUCACUCACAGUGCUAUGCCUGCCCGGCACGUCUCUCGUGUCAGGGCCCUGUAUCGGCGCAUAUUGCUGUUGCACCGGGUUCUGCCCCCUGACCUCAAAUCCCUGGGGGACCAGUACGUGAAGGACGAAUUUAAGAGACAUAAGACCGUUGGUUCUGACGAGGCUCAGCGCUUCUUGCAGGAGUGGGAGGUAUAUGCAGCAGUGCUGUGGCAACAAGCUAAUGAAAACAGACAAAAUUCACCUGAACAAGCAUGUUUUGGAACUGCCCUCCCAGAAGAAAAACUUAAUGACUUUCGAGAUGAACAAAUUGGACAGUUGCAGGAGCUGAUGCAAGAAGCCACUAAACCCAAUAGGCAAUUUAGUAUUACUGAGUCCACAAAACCAAAAUUUUAGUCUAUAUAAUAAAGCGUAACAAGGAUUUUAAAGAUCAGGCCCCCUUAUUUAGCUCUCAGUGAAUUAAAAAAAAAUUUUUUUUUCAGCUUUUAGCUUUUGAGAAUAUCUGCUGUUAGUUGAAAUAUUCUUUUGGGAUGUUGUGAAUGCUUUCUGCAAUAUAUGGACAAGAUCACUCGUAGACAAAACUUUACAUUAUUAGGAUAAUAGUACUUUCUGGAUGGGAUUUGAUUUUUGCACUAAACCAGAAAGAAUGGCUCCAAAAUGGAUAAACUUCCAGAAUUUUGCUGAAAAGUGUUUAUAUGUAAAUUUGCUUGUAGUGCCGUCCUUGUUCAGGCAUUAGCUUAUGACUUGUGUAGCUUCAUCAGAUAAGCAUAGCUUGAUAAUGAUAGAUGUGGGGUUCCAGCAGGGUUAUGUGUCAUUCUGCAUUGUCAUUCUGCGCGUUACAUCAUUUCUGCUCUAAUACCACAUACAUGAUUAUUCUUUUGAAAGUCCCUCCUCCCUGGAUCAUGUUUAUUCACAAUGAAAGAUAAAGAGAGCUUUACGAUUUAGUAUUAUACUAUCAUUUGUGUAAUAGAUUAUACAAGUGUAGUAUAUUUCUACAGUGCUUGUUCAUAACAAUUGACGCCUUAAAUAAUUUGUAGCUGCCCUGAGAAUCUCAUCUAUUGCCUAAUGGUUGGGCAGAUAAAAACACUUCUGUAGAAUUUUCUUAUACUGAAGUCGAUACUUAAGUUGAUUUAUAAACUAAAAAAAUCAAACGGUAAACCCAUUCACAUCAUAAAACAUACAUUGUGAAUUUUUAAAAAAUAUAAUGAGCUAAAAUGAUUUGUGUCUUUAGUUCCGGAUAUUUAUGGCUGUUUAGUUAUGGAAAUGAUCAUUUUUCAGUUGCAGUUGCAUUAUGUCAGCUCUUUAAAAAAGGAUUCGUGUUUUCUCUUUCUGGUUUCGUCUCAUGGGCUUUCUCUUCGUGUAUGCCUCCAGGCCCCUUAAUUCUUUCUUUCAUCCCUCUUUAAGUCAGUCUGUCAGUUGAGCGGUUGGUCGUUUUCUCACUGAAAGACAGGCAGCCUGUCAAUUAAUAAUAGUCUUUGUAUUAUAACAGUCUCCCGGGAUACAGCAGUGAAUAAGAUAAAGCCCCUGUCCUCAAAAAGUUUAAAAUCUAGUUGUGUAUUCAGAAACCCUGUUUCAUUAUGAACAAAUACUUUAUACUAUCAGACUCUUUACAGUACUAUCUUUUUCAUCUUCUUGCCUAACAGAAACCUAACAACUGUGAGGACACUGUAUCCCGUGGAAGUGGGAGUUGUGGAUUCUUUUACAAAUUCAGUGUGGUAUAGCACCCCCUUUUGUCCCUUUCAAACUAUCACUAGGCCACCCUCACUUAAGAUCUCUCUUUCCUUUGUCGUUUUUCUUUUUUGGUUAUACUUUCCUAUUCUUUCUGUUCUUUGGUACCUGGCUCACACUUCUCAUCUCAAGUUAGUCAUCAUUUUGGUGACCUCAGUAUCCAUAUGGUUGACUUAUCCAGUAGGCAAAUGAUUCUUUGACAUUAUUCACUUAAACUCAUUUAACCACCUACAAAACCCCAAACCAAAUCAACUGCUGGGUCAAUUCCAACUCAGUGGAACUGCCCCAUAGGGUGUCCAAGGCUGUAAAUCUUUACAAAAGCAGACUGCCAUACCUUUCUCUUGCAGAGCGGCUGGAGGGUUUGAACAGCUGACCUUUCUGUCGGUAGCCGAGUGCUUAACCACUGUACCACCAGAGCACCUUUUAACCUAUAAUCAUGGCUAUAUUUAAACCAUCACUUUAUUUAUAACUAUUCAUUCCACAUCUGAAAUUAUGAAUUAAAAUAUCCCAUGCUUUUGUCACUAUCUCUUAUUUUAACAAUUCAAGUCUUAAUCCUAUUGUACCUAGUCAUCCUUUCAAUAAAUACCUACUGAGAAUCUUCCAUAUGCCAAGUGUCAUUCUGGAGAUUGAGGCCACAGCAGUGAUCAAAGAAAGUGUACCCUCGUGGAACUCACAUGCUGAAGGAAGGAGACAAAGUACAUAAAAUUAGGUAUAAGUAUUACGGGAAAAAAUAAACGAGGAAUACGGGGUAGGGCUGAGAUACUCUAAAGUGCCACAGAGAAUUCAUAGGGUUGCUGUAGGAUAUUUAACAAUUUUGAAGAAAUCACAGCCAUAUUUGUUAGACAUCACAUAAGGAGUGUCAGGGGACAGCCCCAGCAGGGAAAGACCCUCACUGUGCGUCCUGCAGAUAAUCCGAAGAACAGUCACAUAGCCCUUUCCAGAUUCAUAUGUUCAGGGAAACUUACUGACAUGGGCAAGCAGCUGUUUUCUCCAGUGGCGGCUGGCUGGAGUAUUUUCUGCAACCACCUAGCAAGGGACCCAAGCUUAUAUACCAUUCCAGUUGGGACCAAGGUUCAUUGUUUCCUUCCACGUCCUUGGGCAGUCAGUGUUCCCAGGGACUUCACGUCCAGGCCCAGAUGUUUUCUUUCUUGUUACUAAGGCAUUCUUUGGCCUUGGCCACUGGCCCCGCCAUGCCCCUCUAGCCUUGUACCUUAGCCCGAGUCCAUCCCGAAUUCAUCCCCAGCAUGCUUCAGGGAAGAGCAAAGCUGGCUCCAUUAGGGAGGGGAUGCAUAUAGCUGAAUAGCAUUACCCUGCAGGAGCUAGAAUACUCCUUAGAAGCAAGGAUGGUGAAACUACGUCUCACAUACUUUGGACGUGUUAUCAGGAGAGAUCAGUCCCUGGAGAAGGGACUUCUGCUUGGUAUAGUAGAGGGUCAGCAAAAAAAAGGAAGCCCCUCAAUGAGAUGGAUUGAUGCAGUGGCGGCAACAACGGGCUCAAGGAUAACAAUUGUGAAGAUAGUGCAGGACCAGGCAGUGUUUUGUUGUACAUAGGGUUGCUAUGAGUCAGAAUCUACUCAAUGGCACCUAAAAAUUACAAGUCUUUUAGGUUAUAAUUUUCUUCCAUCCUUUUUAAAAACAAUGGUGUUCUCUGCGAUUCUAUCCUAAGCACUUUCACUUCACACACCCAUUGCUUCAAAUGUCAGCUAUACUCUUAAAUCGGUAAUACCACUCUAAAUCUUUUAAUUUCUAAACUUCAGAUCUGUAUUAGAAAUUUAAGUAGACAUUUCCAAUUGAAUUUAAAAUCAAACUUACUUUUCUAAGCCUUCUUAGUGAAUAAAUGGUAUUAAUAUAUACUCAACUCAAUUCAGAAUUUUAUAACUCAGCCUAUAUUUCACCAUCUCUCUAGGGGUUUCCUAGUCAUUAUUCAGCAAUUUUGACAACUCCAUGUGGUAGAUGGAAAAAUGGCUAUAGCUCUCCACUGCUUCCAGUACCCGUACCAUUUGCAAUGUAACUUUGAAACUUCCCAUCAAGAAUUUCACCUGUUUUCUAAUUCCUCAAAUCUUGGCUGGCCUUGUGACUUGAUUUUCUCAAAAGAAGGGCAGAAGUGGCAUUAUGUACACUUAGGGUCUAGGCUUCAGAGCCCUGCAUACUUCCACUUAACUUUAUUAGAAACCUGCUCAGCUGCAGUGUGAACAAGCUCAGGCUGGCCUGCCAGGGGAUGAGAGAUGAUGUGAAACAGAGGUGAACCACUCCAGCUGAAGCUAUCCUAGACCAGCCAGCUCUCAGCCAGCCACAGAUGCACGAGUGAGCCCAGCUGAGAUCAGAAGAACUGCACAGCUGAACCCAACCCAAAUUGCCAUCACCAAUCACAAGCUAAAUAAAUUAUAGUUCUAACCGUUAAGUUUUGGGGUGGUUUGUCAUACAGCCAGAGCUGACACACGUUACUGCCUUACUCAUCUCAAAUUUAUUCCCUUUUUGCCACUUAACAGUGUGAUAUUUUAGGCUUAGCAUUUUUUUUUCUGUGUAGUAAUCUCUAUGUGACUUUAUCUCCAAACUUCUCCUUAAUGUAUUAUUCUCCGUGCUGCUACCUGUAUAGCUUUACUGAUACUCAAAUCGGAUCACUUCAUUUCCCUGCUUGAAAUUUGAGAUGGAGGAGGUGUUGAGACUAUACUCAAUACUAGUGAGAGAUGGCACAACUGAUAUUUUACCACUGGUGGUGGUGAAUAAGGGGAAUCUGAAACAGCUUUUGGGGAAUAAAUUGGCAAUAUGUACUAAGAACUUUAAGAGUGAUCUUACCUUUUGAACCUAAUAUCCCAUUUGCAGAUUCUAUAAGGAAAAAAAAAUCAGAAAUGUGGACAAAAUUUUUCAUAUAAACAUGUUAUUAGAAAUGUUAUUUAAGGCAGUGAAAAAUUGGGAAUUGCAAAAAUGCCUCAAACAUUAGAAAAGUUAAAUGAGUUGUAAUAACAUGUACAAUUAAACAAUUUAAAUUUAGGUUUACAGAGAAUUUUUAAUGAUAUGGGGAACUUUACUGAUACUGAUGAACAAGAAAAGGAUACUAUGAAAUAUGUAGCAUUUACACAAAGAUGUUAUUUUUCCUUUUUCAGUGAUGUGACAGAAUAUGUUAAUCUGAGUAGUUUUCCCACUGAAAACUAAAAAUUAUGGAUAGAAUAUGAAAACAUUUUUGAGAAGCAUUAAGGAGCUGGCAAUAUUCCAAAAGAUCAGGUAAUUUUAAGGCCAAGAUCUAAGUGAAACUGGGAACUGAGGUAAGUAAAGGUUGAAGCUCUUUUGCCCUAGGAGUGAAUUUCAGCUUUAGUUUUGAUGACCCUUUGGACCACAGUAGGCAGAAGACAAAGCAUAGGGCUUACCCGAAGUGGAAAGUCAUCAGAGGCACUUUUUCCAUAAAGCCAGGACCCUAAGGACUAUACCCUCAGGGUAAAGGCAGGCUAGAAGUCAUCCUCCACUACUAGUGAAAAUUUGCAGGUUCAGUGCAAUGGGUUUCUCUUAUAAGUGGCCUUCUGGCCCUGGGUUUGUAAUUCUGUCAAGAUGAUUUGCUAGGCCACAAUCUUGCAAAGGGAUUUAUUACUAUGUAAAUAGGGUGCAUAAAACAUUUCUGGGGAUUGGUUGAUUACCAUGCAAAUUAGAUGACUGUGGCCUACUGAGGGGUUUGGUCAGUUCAUGAUCUUGGUGGGAGAAGUAGGCUUAUAAAAGGGCCAGUCCCACAGAGGUUCGGGGAGACCUGACUAACAUCAAGAAGAGUUUGGAGCAGAGUGUAUCCUUUGGACCUGGGGUCUCUACACCGAGAGCCUUCUAGACCAAGGAGCCAGAGCUAUAUAACACUAGAGUCGGUAUGAGGCAGUGGUAAGCAGGACACCAGUGUGAGAUGGCUGUGGUGGGCUUGCUGACCCAUGGAGCAAGAGAGCUGAGCACCUUUGGGCAGAAGGCUUUGCUGGCAGAGUAGGGUGCCUCUGGGCAUUUGUUGGCAAGGCUAAAAGAGCUGUAACACUUGCCUGAGCAGGGCAAAGACCAGGCUGACAUGAGGUCCAGUGGGAGUAGGCCAGGUGGCUAUAGGCCCAAGCAAAAGGCCUGCCUGUGGGAAUGGCUGAGAAGCAGCUGUGAACUGUCUUGGUUGGAAGCUGUCCUGAUUGAUGAAUUGUAUCCUGUCAUCUGCAAGUCGACCUUGAUCUCAAGUUGUAGCCUGUUAUGUAAUCAUGAGUAUGCUCUGUGAGUUCUGUGUGGCCGUUGCAACAAAUUAUUUAACCCAGCAGAGAAGUAGAGAGUGCUGUGGGGAGAAUAGUUAGAAUCAGAAAAGGUGAAAAGGUUGGAGAGUGGAGGUGUGUUUGACCUCUACCUCAUAGGAAUCAGCUUUGUGCUGAUGCUGAUUCUCAUUCCCCCUUCUGAAUUUAGGUAGGCACUGAUGGUAGAUUACAGCCUCCAAACCAAGCCCAUUGCCAUUGAGUUGAUUCUGACUCAUACUGAACCUAUAGGACAGAGUAAAAUUGCCCCCUAGGGUUUCCACAGAGCAGCUGGUGGAUUCAAACUGCUGACAUUUUGGUUAGCAGCUGAGUUCUUAACCACGGUGCCACCAGGACUCCAUAGCAGGCUAGCGCAAAUUCAAUUUCACUUGGGUGGUAAAACCAACAAAACUUAAGCUAUGAAUUUAGUGUAAAAUGGCCCAAGAAUCAGUUUCUGACAGAUGUAAACAAAUCCUCUUCGGAGGAUGUUAGGUCACAAUUUUCCUAAGAGAAUAAACACCUCAGAAAUAAAAUCCACAAAUGGAAGGAAGGAAAUAAAGAUUAGAGCAGAAAGUAAUGAAAAAUCAGAAGUUUAUUCUUUGAAAAAGAGCCAUAACAGUGAUCACCCUCUGGCAGGGUUACUCAGGGAAAAACAGAAAGGCACAAAUAAGAGCAACAAGCACGAAUAACCGAUACAGGAAAGAAAAAGAGGACAUAACUGUUUGUGAUAUAAAAUGGCUAAGGUAUUGUGAACAAAUUAAAGCCAGUAAUUUGUAACAUGUAGAAGAAAUGGAUAUAUUUCUCGAAAAACGUUGCUUACCAAAAAUAGACAAGAGAAUGGUUUUAUAGCCAUUACCGUAAUUGAGUCAAUAGUUUAAAAUAUUCUCAGAAAGAAAAUUCCAGGCCUAAACAACUUCUUUGGUGAAUUCUGCCAAAUAUUCAAGACAAAUCCAGCAACAUGAUCUGUUCAGGUUUAUAUUAGGAAUCCAAAGUUGUUUUUACAUUAUAAAAUCAAUUGUUAUGAUCCACCAUAUUAUCAAAUUAAAGGAGAAUGAUCAUCUUAUUAGAUAUAGAAGAAGCCUUUGUUAAACACUCAAAAUCCAUUCAUGAUAAAAAUGUUCUUAACAAACUAGGUUUAAAGGACACUUCAUCAAUCUAAUUACAGGAUUUCUACCAAUCAUCUCUAGCAAGCAUAAUGAUGAACCAUUAAAAGCUUCCAUUUUUGAGAUUGGGAAAAAGCCAAGGAUGUCUGUCACCACUUUAAAAAACAAAAACAAAAAACAAAACACUUAUUCUCAGAUAAUAUGAUUGUAUAUUUAGGAAAUUUAAAAAGAAUCUACAAAUUAUUAGAAUAAGAGAAUUUAACAAGUUAGCUAGAUACAAAAAUUGAUAUACAAAAAUAAAUUGCAUUUCUAUAUCCUAGCAACAAACAGAACACGAAAAUUUAUAAAAGUACCAAUAAAGUAGCAUCAACAAAUAUUAAGUACUUGGACACCUUAACAAAAGAUGUUAGAACUCUCUUGACAAAAUUAUAAAAUUUUUCUUAAAGACACUAAAGAAGACCUUAAGUAAAGUUUUAUUCCAUACCCCAGGUUUGGAAGACUUAAUAUUGUAAAGAUGUUAAGUGUCCCCAGAUGGUCUGUAAUUUCAAUGCAAUCUCCACAAAAAUUCCAGAGGUUUUUAUUUUUAGUUGACAAGUUUAUUUAAAAAAUUAUUCAGAAAUGCAAAUGUCCAGAAAUAGCCAAGGCACUCUUUAAGAUGAACAAUGUGGUAGGACUUACUCCACCUGAUAUCAAGACAUAGUUAUUAAGACAGUUUAGCAGUUUAUUAUAUGGACCCUUGGUUUAUGAC